AUGGUUUACCAAGUGUACCUUGAAGGAAGAGAUGGCACAACUCAAGCAGUAACUUACGAUCCAGCAAACCAAACAAUUCAAUUUCCAUGCAAGAAUUUUGAAGAGUCGGGUUGGUUAUGCUUCCAUAGCCUUAGAAUCUUGCACAUGCAUUCUGUUGAAAAUAUCCCAGAGCAAUACAUAUCUUUUAGAUGGACUAAAAUGGCUAAGGUUGAAGUUUGGAAAAGUAAGGAGGCAGAGCAAAAGAAGAAGGGGACAUUAAACAACUUCACACCCUGGCAGCUACACAUGGUGAGGAAGUAUUAUAGUCUAAUCCUUAAGAGCCACAAGUUUGAACAAGCAAGAAAAGUCUUAGAAGAAAGCUUCACAAAAGAUUCAAGUGCAAUAGAUGAGAUUAUUUCUGCUAUGAAAUCAACUAACAACCAUUUUGAGAACACUACAGGUGUAGAAGAGAAUUCGGAAGCAACUUCAUCUAGUGUUGUUCAAGUAAUGGAUCCAGCUCAUGCAAAAACUAAAGGAAAACAAUCAAAUAAAAGGAUUCCAGGAAGCUAUGACUACAUGAAAAAAGGGAAGAGGAGGAAGCAUAGAGAAUUUGGUGCCAAAACACCAAAUAUUAAUAAUAAGUAUAUGCUCUGA